AUGGAGCUGGACGUGGAACGGGCCAAGGAGCUCAUUGAGCAGAAGCUGGCAGAGGAAGAGAAGGAGGAGGAGAAGAGAAUCAAAGAGGAUGGCAUGCGAGAGCCGCCGGUCGUGGAGCGGAUGAGCACACCCGAGCUGGAGGAGGAGAAACGCCACGGCCCCAGGAACCGUGGCCUUGAGUCUGUCAAGGGCCAGGAGCGGGUGCGGAAGAGCUCGGUGGACCUGCGACGGGAGAUCAUCGAUGUGGGAAGCAUCCAGCGCCNNNACCCUGCCAGCCAGGGAAGCAGGGCAGGGAGAUCCCGUGUUGUCCUCUCUCCUGCACCCCUGUGAUGCCCCAGUCCUGAGCCUGUCCCAUUGCCAGAGGGUCCUGUGGAGCCAGAGACCUUCCUGCGAGCCGCCGUCCAGGGCAAGAUGCACAUCAUUGAGAAGUUUCUGGCAGAUGGCGGCCCUCCCGAUACAUGUGACGAGUUCCACCGCACGGCCUUGCACCGCUCCUCGCUGGAGGGUCACACAGACAUACUGCAGAAGCUGCUGGGCAGUGGGGCCAGUGUCGACUUCAGGGACCGGCUGGACUGCACCGCUGUGCACUGGGCCUGCCGGGGCGGGCACCUGGAUGCUGUCAAGCUGCUGCAGGACCAUGGGGCAGACCUCAACCUGAAGGACAAGCUGCUCAGCACCCCUCUCCAUGUGGCCACCCGGACCGGGCACCUUGACAUUGUGGAGCACCUAAUCCACUGUGGGGUGGACAUCAACUCCCCAGACAGAGAGGGCGACACAGCGUUGCACGAUGCCACGCGGCUCAGCCGCUACAAGAUCAUCAAAAUGCUGAUCCUGCACGGGGCCGACAUGAUGGCCAAGAAUGAGGCUGGCAAGACCCCUACGGACCUCGUGCAGCAGUGGCAGGUGGAUACACGCCAGGCACUGGAGACCAAGGCACAGCCACAGGAGGAAAUGGAAGUCCCUGCAUGA